UUUUGUUUAGCGUUUAGCCUGUUAGUUCCGAUUUGAAAGGCGUCGUGUAUAAUUCGGUGACUGCAGUUUUAAGACGUAGAACGUAAUUCUAGCAGGAAACGAGCGUAAUUUCUUUUCGAUAACCUCGUUACCUUUAAAUGCGACUGCUCACGUAGCUUGUGAAUUGAGCAAGUUUAGCAUAGGUAGCGUCGGUAGUCUAAUCUUUCAAACAGGAAGUGUAAAAAGUUGAACUUCAUAUCCUAGGGGCCACAUGUAGGAAAAGUUCCGUCGAACUCAUCGUCAAUCAUCAGGAAUGCGAGACGAGAGAGGAGGGCGCCAAACAUCGCAUCGUCGGCGUCGUAAAUGAAUUAGCGCGCAAAACGUGAAAAGGGCGACAUGUAAAUUCAAGUACACCUUCCUUCUUAAUUUCAUUGGAAUACAUUAAAUUAAUCUUAUAGCAUGUUAUCUAAUCCAAUAACGAAGCGGCAUUAAAUUCGCUCCCCACUCUGAUCGUAUACAGCAAAACAAGUAUCAACAAACCUCGCACAGAUUUAUUUAUAAACGGACAUACGAGAAAUAAUGUUUCACGAAUUGGCGUAUUUAAGCAACCACCACUUUAACCGCGAGUGGGCCGAUUCGCCGGAUAAUAAAAUAACUCACAGUAAAAGUGCAAGUGGCGGUUUUGAUCGCGUUAACACGAGGGCGCCGUUUAAAGUAAAUCGGCAAAACAGCUCCGUGGUCGGCCAAAAGUUGCGCGAUUCCAAGUGGUUUCUACAUAAUGAGAUAAAUAUAUUGUGCGCCGUUUUGGAAUCGGGCUUUGUGUUGCAGAAAAAAAAUGAAGUGACAGAGGACCAUAGGGCCAUCGCGCUCUGGGAACCAGGACAUGAGAGAAGCAAAUCUCCCGAAAACAUAACGAUAUAUACGGUGAUACUACAUAAGCAAAACUACAAAUUUCACAAAUGUGAUCUGUUGUCAUUCUGGGAGCCAGGCUCUAGUCUAAAAAUAAACAAUCAAUCCGAUCAGCUCCAUGCCCCAAACAGCGAAGAAGUGAUAAGAAACCAGGUGGCUUACGCGGAGAGACAUAAGCAAAAGUGGGAAAACAGCGAGCAUUUCACCUACUGGUGUCGUUAUGGCGAACCGUCAAAACCGUCGAGGACAAGACUGUUUAGCGACAACCUUAAAUGGGGAAAUUUGGGCCUGAACGCCGGCCUCUUCCUACUGAAAAGGCGAAGAACUGUGAGUAGCAGUAAUUAAUUUUAAGCCAUAGCCUAUAAGUACGUGUAUUUAUUAUUGUUAUCUUUACUUAUAAUUUUAUACGUGUAAAAAUACAUUAAAUAAUAAAAUGUUGUAAGCCUUGA